AUGGCAACCUCCAUACUACAGCGCUGUUUGUUAUCGGUCAAAAAUGCUUCAAAAUGUGGAACUCAGACCAUUAUAGCUAGAAGAUGUCUUCUCUCAGUGUCAUAUACUGACGCCAAAGUAUGGGAACAAAGGGAAAAAGAUCCACAAAACUUAGCUAAAUUGGCCUCCCUGAUGGACCGCACUUAUGACAGAAAGUUUCCUGUUAGCUCCUUGACAAUAGCACGGUUUGUAGAUAAUGUGUCAUCAAGAGAGGAAGUGGAUCAAGCGGAAUACUACCUUUACAAGUUCCGCCACAGCCCAAACUGCUGGUUCCUCCGGGACUGGACCAUGCAUGGCUGGAUUCGUCAGUGUCUCAAAUAUGGUGCCAAAGACAAAGCCCUGUACACUCUGAAGAAUAAGGUCCAAUAUGGCAUAUUUCCAGAUGAAUUCACAUUUAAUCUUCUCAUUGAUUCCUUCCUAAAAGAUGAAGACUUCAAAGGGGCCUGUUCGGUCGUGGAGGAAGUGAUGCUUCAGGAAUCUUUUGAUCAGCAGACGACACAGAUAUUAUCACUCUAUGCGCUGAGUAAAUAUUUGGCAACCAAGCCUGAACUCAGCUGGGAGGAGGAAAGGAACUUGGGGGCUGCGCUACUGUUGGCUGGACUGAAACAAGACAACUCCACUGGGCUCAGCGCUCAGCUUCUGGGCUAUGCCCUCAUUGGUAAGGUGGAGAUAUCCAGGGGAAUUCAUUCUGUCUUUCACCAGCUGCCCUUGAUCUGGACCCCAGGGUACGUCGGACGAGCCCUUGCCGUGGUGGAGAGUGUGUGCGGAGCGUCUGGAGAUUCCAAGCUAUCUAAGGAAGUUCUGGACCAUGUUGAAGCGAUACUGCAGGAUCUCUCCUUCGCUCUUGAAGCGAAACCUGUGGAGGAGGGGGAGGAAACGUCUGAGAGGACAGUUCCAGAGACCUGGGUUGAUGAGGACGAGCUGGAGAGAGCAAAGCUUCCCGACUACAUAUCCAAAUUCAAAGAGCUUAGAGGUCAGCUCCAGGCUGGGGACAAGGUUGACCCAAGCCCUUUUGACACCCUGACCUCCAGGCUGGCAGAGGAAAAGCUUGCUGGAUACGAGGAACAGGACGUGGUUCAGUACCAUAAGAAAAUACAAGACUGGGAAGCAGAGCGCCACCAACUGGUCCAGCGUGAGAUAGAAACGAGAGAGAGGGCAGAGCAGGCGCGUUUGGCCAGACAAGCAGCCAAAGCUGCUCGCCAGUGAUCGUUAAAUAAGCAAAGUCGGUGAUAAGUUAAGUUUUGAUUCAGCACACAGCACUGAUGGAACGAUACAGAGAGAAGCUUUCUAAAAGUGAAAAUAUAACUUUUGUUACAUAUGUUUAUUAUGGUUCUAGACAAGGUGGAGAUCACAUGUAAUUGUUAUUGUAUGUAUGUUAUAUAUGUAUCUCCCUUGACUGUAAAUGGGUUAAUAAAGAAUUAAAAGCAAGAAUGUUUCACCUUUCAAA